AUGCCGAGUCUUGAGUUUAAGACCUUUAGGUACAAGCGAAGGAAUGAUGUUGAGAAGUUUUCAGAUAACGUCUGCAGGUGUUUGCUUUCACAACAAGCUCCAGUUCUUCAGAGCUUGUCUCUCAGCAUUAAUUUGUGUGAUGAAAUUAGUCUGGAUUGUGAUAUUGGAAUAUUAUUGGGAGUUGCGUUUGGACUUCACGUGCGUGAACUGAAACUCCAUGUGUCCUUUUGGAAAUAUUACUCUGGAAAUUUAUUCAGGUUUCCAAGAAUCUUGUAUAACAGUCAAACACUAGAGAGCUUGGAACUCAAUCAACAGAUUCUGAUAGAUGUCCCAUUUCCGGUUGGUUUGAAGUCUCUUAGAACUCUACACCUUAAAGGGGUGAGAUACAAAGACGACGAAUCAGUUGUCAACCUUUUAUCUGGUUGUUCUCAUCUCGAAAAUCUGGAGGUUAUCCAAUGUCCAAAAUCGGAUGUGAAGACAUUCACUAUUGAUGUCCCGUCCUUGCAGAGACUAAUAAUUAGGGACACUGGUGAAGUGGUCUAUGUGAUAAAGGCUCCUUCAUUGAAAUACUUGGAGGUUGUAGGGAAGAUAGCCUUUGGUUCUAUUCUGAUUGGGAAUCCACCCGAGCUGGAGGAGGCCUAUCUUAACACCUAUAGUAAAAUCUAUGAUUACACUUUGCGAUCCUUUACUUCAGUCAAGCGCCUUUGCUUGGUAUCGUACAGUCCGAUUACAUAUCCUACUGGUACCAUCUUCUAUCGGCUCGUAUAUUUGGAGCUACCUUCAAUGACACAGGAUUGGUUGAAUCUACUUACGUUCAUGCUCAAUGCUUCUCCUAAAUUACAAGUCCUCAAGCUCACCGUUCAAUAUUGGUCUCAAAAUGAAAAAGUUGGUGUGAAAUGGAGUCAACCUAAGAACGUUCCUGAAUGUUUGUUGCUUCAUCUCGAGACUUUUGUGUGGAAAGGCUAUAUAAAAAUACAACAAGAGGAGAAAGAGGUGGCCAAAUACAUCCUUAGAAAUGCAAAUCGUUUGAAGAGAGCAACAUUUUCCGUAAAAGGCCUUAACUCGGACGAAAGAAUUAAGAUAGUCAAGGAGUUGGAAAGUGUUGUCAGGGCUUCGAAAUCAUCUUGCCAGCUGUGUCUGCUCGAAUGA